CCAUGCCCCCCUUCCGCUGCAGCAGCAGCAGCAGCAGCCGGGUCCUCGCUGGCGGCAGAAAUGCUGAAUUUGGUAGUCUGCAGAAAAGAUAUAUGGAUUUUUAGCAGCUAAAGAACAAAUUCAGGUCUUGAGUUUUGGAUAUUGGGUGAGGGUGUUGGUUUGGGGCUAGUCCAUUCACCCCACCCCCACCCCCAAAUUUGGAUUAAAGUGAAUACCUCCUGGAGAAUUGCCAGCAGAGAGAAAGCUUGCUCCAUUUCUUUUGGAAACUUUCAUUGCUGAAGUAGCCUUAAGUUUUGGUCCAUAGUCAUGUGGUCACCACAGCUGCUGUUCCUCACAAUGCUCUUGGCAUCCGCAGUCCAAGCUUUUAGUCGUGCCCCUGUUCCUAUGGCAGUGGUCCGGAGGGAACUAUCCUGUGAAAGCUACCCAAUAGAACUGCGCUGCCCAGGAACAGAUGUUAUCAUGAUUGAAAGUGCCAACUAUGGCAGGACAGAUGAUAAAAUCUGUGACUCUGAUCCUGCUCAGAUGGAGAAUAUCCGUUGUUAUCUGCCAGAUGCCUAUAAGAUUAUGACUCAAAGGUGCAGCAACCGGACACAGUGUGCAGUGGUAGCAGGUCCCGAUGUGUUUCCAGACCCAUGUCCAGGAACAUACAAGUACCUAGAAGUGCAGUAUGAAUGUGUUCCUUACAAAGUGGAACAAAAAGUUUUUCUUUGUCCUGGACUACUAAAAGGAGUAUAUCAGAGUGAACAUUUAUUUGAAUCUGACCACCAGUCAGGAGCCUGGUGUAAGGAUCCACUGCAGGCUUCUGACAAGAUUUACUACAUGCCAUGGACCCCGUACAGAACUGACACCCUAACAGAGUAUUCUUCCAAGGAUGAUUUCAUUGCUGGAAGACCAACUACAACUUACAAGCUGCCACACAGGGUAGAUGGCACAGGGUUUGUGGUGUAUGAUGGGGCUUUAUUUUUCAACAAAGAAAGAACCAGGAAUAUUGUCAAAUUUGAUCUACGGACAAGAAUAAAAAGUGGGGAAGCCAUCAUUGCAAAUGCCAACUACCAUGACACAUCCCCUUACAGAUGGGGAGGCAAAUCUGAUAUAGACCUGGCUGUGGAUGAAAAUGGUCUUUGGGUAAUCUAUGCAACGGAGCAAAACAACGGUAAAAUAGUCAUUAGUCAGCUGAAUCCUUAUACUUUGAGAAUUGAAGGGACAUGGGAUACGUCCUAUGACAAGAGGUCGGCUUCCAAUGCAUUCAUGGUCUGUGGCAUUUUAUAUGUGGUGAAAUCUGUGUAUGAAGAUGAUGAUAACGAAGCAACAGGGAAUAAAAUAGACUAUAUUUACAAUACUGAACAAAGCAAGGAAAGUGUAGUGGAUGUUCCUUUUCCAAACUCAUACCAGUACAUUGCUGCUGUGGAUUAUAAUCCAAGGGACAAUCUUCUUUACGUAUGGAACAACUACCAUGUGGUGAAAUACACUUUGGAUUUUGGACCCAUGGACAGUAGAACAGGACAGGCCCAUCACGGUCAAGUUUCAUACCUUGUUCCUCCAAUUCAUCUGGACUCUGAUCUUGAAAGACAAUCAUUUAAGGCAUCAACCUCCGGAGCUAUGGGUCUAGGUGGGAGUACCACAAGCACCACAGCCAGAGUUACUACCAGCAGCACUACACGCACGACCACUGCAUCAGCUUUGGGCAGAAAGAACAGAAGCACAACUGCACCUUCUCCUGCUUUGGAUGUCCCCAAGGAAAUGACCACACAUUUGCCACCUGCAUCUUCCCAGUUGCCUGCAAUAGGAGCAGAGAGCUGUGAGACAGUGGAAGCCCGUGAAAUCAUGUGGUUUAAGACCCGACAAGGACAGGCGGCUAAGCAGCCUUGCCCAAGGGGAACCGUAGGUGUUUCAACAUUCCUCUGUCUUGCUCCUGGUGGAAUCUGGGAUCCACAAGGGCCAGACCUCAGCAACUGCUCUUCGCUUUGGGUCAAUCAUAUCACACAGAAGUUGAAGUCAGGAGAGACAGCUGCCAAUGUUGCUAGAGAACUUGCUGAGCAAACAAAAAACCACCUGAAUGCUGGGGACAUCACCUACUCAGUUCGGGCCAUGGAUCAGUUGGUGGGUUUACUGGAUGUACAGCUCCGAAACCUGACACCCGGUGGAAAAGAUAGUGCUGCACGUAGCUUAAACAAGCUUCAGAAACGGGAACGCUCCUGCAGAGCCUACGUCCAGGCCAUGGUUGAAACAGUCAAUAACCUGCUGCAGCCACAGGCUUUGAAUGCAUGGAGGGACCUACCUGCAAGUGAUCAGCUACGUGCCGCAACGAUGUUACUGGACACCGUAGAAGAAAGUGCCUUUGUCCUGGCAGACAACCUUCUCAAGACUGAUAUUGUGAGGGAGAGCACUGACAAUAUUCAGCUGGAGGUUGCAAGGCUAAGCACAGAUGGAAACUUGGAAGACUUGAAGUUUCCACAAAAUACAGGCUUUGGAAGUGCUAUUCAGCUCUCAGCAAACACACUGAAGCAGAAUGGUCGAAAUGGUGAAAUCAGAGUGGCUUUUGUCCUUUACAACAACCUGGGCCCCUACUUGUCCACAGAGAAUGCCAGCAUGAAAUUGGGGAUGGAAGCCAUGUCUACCAAUCACUCUGUAAUAGUGAACUCCCCUAUCAUCACAGCAGCAAUAAAUAAAGAAUUCAGCAAUAAGGUUUAUCUGGCUGAUCCUGUUGUGUUCACGGUCAGACACAUCAAGCAGUCAGAGGAAAAUUUCAACCCUAACUGUUCAUUCUGGAGCUAUUCUAAACGCACAAUGACAGGGUAUUGGUCAACUCAAGGAUGUCGUCUCCUGACAACAAACAAGACACACACAACAUGUUCCUGUAAUCACCUAACCAACUUUGCUGUGCUGAUGGCUCAUGUGGAAGUGAAGCAUGGUGAUGCGGUCCAUGAUCUGCUCUUGGAUGUCAUUACCUGGGUCGGCAUUCUCCUCUCCCUCGUCUGCCUCCUGAUCUGCAUCUUUACUUUCUGCUUCUUCCGUGGGCUCCAGAGUGACAGAAAUACCAUCCAUAAAAACUUGUGCAUCAGCCUGUUUGUGGCAGAACUUCUCUUCCUCAUUGGAAUCAAUAGGGCGGACCAGCCGAUAGCCUGUGCUGUGUUUGCUGCCCUCUUGCACUUCUUCUUCCUCUCUGCUUUCACCUGGAUGUUUCUGGAGGGAGUACAGCUUUACAUAAUGUUGGUGGAGGUCUUCGAGAGUGAACAUUCACGUAGAAAAUACUUCUACUUGGUUGGCUAUGGUGUGCCUGCUCUGAUUGUAGCUGUUUCGGCAGCAGUAGACUACAGAAGUUAUGGCACAGGAAAAGUCUGUUGGCUUCGACUUGACACUUACUUCAUCUGGAGCUUUAUAGGACCUGCGACUUUGAUAAUUAUGCUUAAUGUAAUCUUCCUUGGGAUUGCUCUUUAUAAAAUGUUUCAUCAUACUGCCAUAUUGAAACCUGAAUCUGGGUGUCUCGACAAUAUCAACUUUGAGGAUAACAGACCCUUCAUCAAGUCAUGGGUUAUAGGUGCAAUAGCUCUUCUCUGCCUAUUAGGAUUGACCUGGGCCUUUGGGCUUAUGUAUAUUAAUGAAAGCACAGUCAUCAUGGCUUAUCUCUUCACCAUUUUCAAUUCUCUUCAGGGAAUGUUUAUAUUCAUUUUCCAUUGUGUACUCCAGAAAAAGGUACGUAAAGAAUAUGGGAAAUGCCUGCGAACACAUUGCUGUAGUGGGAAAAGUACAGAGAGCUCCAUUGGCUCAGGAAAAACAUCUGGGUCACGAACUCCUGGACGAUACUCCACAGGGUCACAGAGCCGCAUUCGCAGGAUGUGGAAUGACACUGUUCGAAAGCAAUCCGAGUCCUCUUUCAUCACUGGUGAUAUAAACAGUUCAGCGUCACUUAACAGAGGAGCCAUGGCUAACCAUCUUAUAACCAAUGCUCUCCUUCGUCCUCAUGGCACUAACAACCCUUAUAACACAUUGCUCGGUGAAUCGGCGGCCUAUAACAACCCUUCUGUCAGCAUGUACAACACACCAGAGCCCUACAGAGAGACAAAGGGGCUUCUGAACAAUGCCAGGGAUACAAGUGUCAUGGAUACUCUACCACUGAAUGGUAACCACGGCAAUAGCUACAGUAUUGCCAGCAGCGAGUACCUGAGCAACUGUGUGCAAAUCAUUGACCGUAGCUAUAACCACAGUGAGACGGCCUUAGAGAAAAAGAUUCUGAAAGAACUCACUUCCAACUAUAUACCUUCCUACCUGAACAACCACGAGUGCUCUAACGAACAGAGUAGGAACCUAAUGAACAAAUUCGUCAAUAACCUGGGUAGUGGGAGCAAGGAUGAGGCCAUUGUUCUUGAUGAUGCCACCUCAUUCAACCAAGAAGAGAGCCUGGGCUUGGAACUCAUCCACGAGGAAUCGGAUGCCCCUUUGCUACCCCCAAGGGUUUACUCUGCAGAGAACCACCAGCCUCACCACUACAGCAGGAGACGGAUUCCGCAAGAAAACAGUGAGAGCUUUUUCCCCUUGCUAACCAAUGAGCACACAGAAGACCUUCAGUCACCCAAUAGGGAUUCUCUUUACACUAGUAUGCCCGCUUUGGCCGGCAUGCCAGGCACAGAAAGCGUCACCACCAGUACUCAGACCGACCCCCCACCAGCCAAAAGUGGUGAUACUGAUGAUGUGUACUACAAGAGCAUGCCAAACCUGGGCUCCAGGAACCAUGUGCAACAGCUACACACUUACUACCAGUUGGGGCGAGGCAGCAGUGAUGGAUUUAUCGUCCCACCAAAUAAGGAUGGGAUCCCAGCAGAAGAAACCUCGAAAGGACCAGCUCACUUGGUCACUAGUCUAUAGAACACUAAGCAAACAUUUUAACAAAACAAAUGCCCCUGUCCAAUCCCUGGAUUACUGUUUGGAGUUAAAUCAAAGCGGUGGUAAUAUUGUGUAUUCUCCUACUUCAUGCUGUUUUAAACAACAAACAAUUCUCAUACCUUUUUAAUGGAAUUUGUAGGCCCA